CCUCGUGGAUAGCUUGAGGAACGACGACGAUGGCGAUGGUUUAUGGAGGCGACUUGAUGAUUGUGAUGAAGAACAUAACCGGCAUUCUAGGACGAGUACAACUUCCCAAGGGCUCCACACAUGUACAUAACAAGGGUUCGCUAUCACCCUUGCACGUCGAGAAUUGAGAGAUGUCACUGGUGGACACCCGGCGGCGCCGGCGCCGCCAACAAUAAUAAUGCUACUAAUUCCCUCAAGUUCACUACGUUUGACGUGGGAAGGGAAGCAUUCACGGUACUAGGGCUGCCCAUGUCGAAAGGGGCGCAUCUUCGUUGUUGUAUGCACGAGAAUUCAUUUCAUAUGGGUAGAGAUGGAUCGUCGUUGAUUGUCGUUUUGUAUGGGAUGGAAGAAGAGAGGGGUUGCUCAUUCUUCAAGGUGUGGGCAGCCCUAGAUUAUGUGGCGCUUGGGAGGGGUGAUUGCUCUUGGAUUUGGUUAUACAAUGUUCGGUUGGAUGAUCCUCCGCCUUCUUGUCUUGUUGUUGUCGGGUUUUGGAAACAUGGUAAGUGGUUCGCCAAUAGGGACAAAGGGUUUGGAGUGGUGGAUACGGAGAGGCGGGAGUUGAAUAUUAGUGGUAUUGAUGAUCAUGUUGAGAUUAAAGGGGAUGGUUCGGGUCUUGACUACGAUUAAUUGGAUCCCAUUUCACGAUAACAUUUGGGGGUUUCAAGCGGCCUACUAUUCGACUAGGAGCUUGUUGCAACUCUGAGAUCGAGAUGAUCUAUCUUGGUUAAAGCAACGGUCCCAAUGGUUUAGAAUUUACUAGUACUUUCAAUAGUUAGUUACGAGAGUUGUGCUCUUCGAUCGACGGAUUUAUGUGAAAAGCAAAUAUGUUAGAUAAUUAAGACUAAUAAGCAGGACUAUAGUCU